AUUUCAGAACGACUUGGGAAGGUCAAGUAUGAAGUAUCCUAUUGUGUUUUUGGUUUUUCCCAUUUGUCUGUUGUUGCUGCUGUUUCUCUCCACUCCACUCGUUUCAAUUUCCAAUAAAGCGAUUUCCAUCCCAGCCUCACAAGAUGGUGCUCACGGCCAUCACAGCGAUAGCUGCAACUUCAGUAGUGGUCGCUGGAUACUGGAUACCACCAAAAGGCCAUUGUAUUCAGCUGAUUGCCCCUUUCACCGCAGUGUUUGGAAUUGUGGCAAGAACAAGAAGCCGGAAGCGGAGAAGAUGAGUCAAUGGACGUGGAAGCCUUCAAAAUGUAGUCCAUGGGCUUCUAUAAAACCCCAUUCCUUUCUCCGCGCCACACAAGGUAUGCGGCUAGGUUUUAUUGGCGAUUCUCUCAACGAAAACUUCAUGGUGUCCCUUCUUUGCAGUCUUAGUGCAGUCGAUGCUAAAGCUCGUAAGUGGAAAAGAAGAGGAGCUUGGAGAGGAGCGUAUUUUCCAUCCCAAGACGUUACUGUGGGAUAUCAUCGUGCCGUAGUUCUUUCAAAAAUUGCGAAACUGCAGAAUCUGGCAGGGACUGGGUCAGGGUUUCGAGUGGACAUAGACAUUCCAGCUGACGAUUGGUCUAAUGUUACGCAAUUCUACGACGUUCUCGUCUUCAACACGGGGCACUGGUGGGGUUAUGAUAAAUUUCCGGAGGACUUGCCUCUAGUGUUCUAUAAACAGGGGCGGCCUGUGUGGCCACCUCUCAGCAUUCGGGAAGGUUUGGCUGCAGUCUUGAAGAGCAUGCUGGAAUUCAUUGAUGACUCAGUGCCUGCAACAGUGUUGAAGGUGUGGCGCCUCCAGUCUCCUCGUCACUUCCACGGCGGAGAAUGGAACCAAAACGGAAGCUGUAGCAGCUCUGAUCUUCUCAGUAGCACUCAGGUGGAGGAAUGGUUCGACCCUGCUAACGGGGGAGUGAAUAGAGAAGAACGUGAGGUGAAUGAUGUGAUACGAUCGGCAUUGAAUGGUCAUCACGGUUUUGUCCUUCUGGACGUGGCCAAGAUCAGUGAAUUUCGAGCGGAUGCGCAUCCUUCUCUUUGGCUUGGAGGCAAAGAUACACACCUUGUCUGGGGCCAGGAUUGCUUGCAUUGGUGCCUCCCAGGAUUGCCUGAUACGUGGGUAGACAUGUUGGUUGAUGUUGUGCUGAAGCACGUUCAAUCAGCUCAGUGAAUGAACAUUUUCUGCAGUCAGUAAGAUAUCUCCCGCUUGUGAUUUGCUUAAGUUCAAUUGAAUCAAGCUGCGUGGUCUAAAAAGAAUGAACAACUCCUUGACAAGGUCGUCGUUUACUAUGUUGUCUCAAGUUGGAGCUUGACAAUAUUAAUUUCGUUGGAAGUCAGUUUACUAAGUAAA